UGUCUACCUUCCUGCCUCAUAUACUCCCUGCAGAUUUAUCUCUCCUUUAACAUUACUACAAAAUCAUACUUGUUAUAUAACUAAUUUUUUAGUAUUAUUAUCAUCUCUCUUUCUCCCUCGUCCCUUAUUUUCUCUCUCCUUCCGCAUGCCUUACCUAUUAUCAUUAAUAUCAGCAAGUGAUUGAGUGAGGGAGAAAGAGAGAUUGUUGUACGGAAGGAGAGAGAAAAUAAGAAAAACCCUCGGAAAUGGGGAGGGGUAGGGUUCAGCUCAAGAGGAUCGAGAACAAGAUCAAUCGACAAGUCACGUUCUCAAAGCGUCGGAUUGGAUUGCUGAAGAAGGCACAUGAGAUCUCCAUACUCUGCGAUGCCGAUGUUGCUCUUAUCAUCUUCUCUACUAAAGGCAAGCUAUUCGAGUACGCUUCUGAUGCCUGCAUGGAGAAGAUCCUCGAGCGCUACGAAAGAUACUCAUAUGCAGAAAGACAGCUUACUGCUCCUGAUCCUGAUUCCCAUGUAAGCUGGACUCUGGAGCAUGCAAAGCUCAAGGCUAGGCUUGAGAUUCUGCAGAAAAAUCACAGGCAUUACAUGGGAGAAGAACUUGAUACCUUGAACCUGAAGGAACUUCAAAAUUUAGAGCAUCAGCUUGACAGCGCUCUUAAACACAUCAGGUCAAAGAAGAAUCAACUCAUGCAUGAGUCAAUUUCUCAGCUUCAGAAGAAGGACAAAGCCUUACAGGAUCACAACAACUUGCUAACCAAGAAGGUGAAGGAGAGAGAGAAGGCGUUGGCUCAGCAGCCUGAACCGGAUCAGCAUAAACAUGACAAUAACUCAUCUGUGCUCAUGUCUCAGGCUUUGCCCUCAAUGAAUAUAGGACCAGGGACAGGCAGAAGUGCUAUAGAAGACGAUCAAGCAACACAGCCACCAACGCGAAGCAACAACUCUACCCUUAUUCCAUCCUGGAUGCUCAACCACAUGCCUGACCAGUAAAAGCAGAAAGAUGAUUAUCUUCGAGUUUAGACAUCAGGGAAACAAGUUAAGAUAAUGCUGCAUCUGUGCACUUUGUAUAAUAGUAUUGGCUAGAAAUGUUGUUGAUGUAUAAAGGUAAAACAAAGAUGGUUAGGUAAUGUUUUGUAUCUUUUCGGUUUUUGCUGAAACUGCAAUGGAAGACUUCAGUGAGUAUCUCUGAAUUCCAUGGGUUUGGGAGAAAUGGAUGCAGCAUAAAAUAAAGGUAUUCAGUUGAUGUACAUAAUAUCUGCUUUAGGCUAAUUUUUUUCAUCUGUUUGUUUUGUA